AUAAUAUAUGAGGUUAAUAAUUGAUAGUAAUAACAGAAGUUACUCACAUAAAAUAAUUUAUAUAUACUAUAUAAUAUACUACACUAAAUUUUACAAUGAAGAAAACUGGAAAAUUACUUUUGGCCGAGAAUUUGGUUGACUGCAAUUAUAGUGUAGUAAGUCCAGUUAUAAAAAACAAAUCUUUUAUACCACUAUCAGAUUCUAUAAAAAUUAUCUUACAAGAUAGAGAUAUAAAUCAACAACAAGAAAAAUGUACAAAUCAACAACAAGAAAGAGGUAUAAAUCAACAACAAGGAAAAAAAAUUUAAUUUCUCAUCACGAAGAAGAAUUCGUAUGGAAGGAUAGUAAAUUUAUAUGGAAUAAACAAGCUACUUUCGCGCUUUUAUCUGCAUACGAAGCUCAUGACAUUGAAGCUGAUAAUACCAAAAAAAAACAAAAAGUUUUGGCAAUCAAUAGCACAGGAUCUAAAUGACCUAUGUUUAUCUGAAGUUCCAUUAACAAAUGAUCAAGUUAGAUGGAAAUUUAGUGCAUUAAAAAAAUCGUAUAACAAAAAAAAAGAUCAUAAUCGCACAAGUGGAAAUGCCCCAAAGAUUUUUGAUGCUUACGAAAAAAGAUUACAAGAAAUUUUAGGUAAUAAAAGCAAUAAUAAUGAAAGCAAUGAAAAUGUUUUUAAUUCAUCAAUAUCAGUAAAUACUCAGAAUAUAACAACUAGCAUAGAAUAUGUAAAAGAAUCAAGUAAUAUCCAAGAAGAUACAGAACUUACUGCAGAAUAUACUAGAACAGAAAUGAGAAUGGUACAACAGAAAAGAGGACAUGGAACAGGAUCAAAAACAUGUCGAACAAAAUUAGAAUUAGAAAAGCAGUGGUUGGAACAUCUUCAGUUUAUUCAGAAAAGAUAUGAAGAUAGAAGAGAUUAUGAAGAAAAUGAAAAUAAGAGAAAAGUAGAAGAACUUGAAUUAAAAAAAGAAAAGUUAACUUUUAAAAAGAAAAAGAUGUUGUUUGAGGAAUUCAAAUUAACCAAAAAGACUGAACGACAUAGAGAAAAAAUGUCUAUUCAAUGAGAAAAAUGUGAUUUGCUAAAAAGU